AUGGACGCCGUGAUCGUCGACCACGUGCCGGAGCAGAUCGAUCGCAAGAUGCUGGGCUUCAACCAGGACGUUUACUCGCGUCCGCAGCUCGAGGGCUCUAGAACGAGCUCCAGCAACACCACCCCCACCUCGACCGCCCCGCCAGCCGUAGGCUCUGCUCGCCUUCCGGCCAGCGACAUCCCCGCCUACAUCAAUUCCCAGACCCCCUCGCAUUCCUCGCACACCCCCGACGCUCCUCGCCCGCCGUCCAUGACCUCCUCCUCUCACUAUGGGAUCCCACCCGACCAUCCUGUCUACUCCCACCGACCAACGCCACAGCAGCCGCCAUCCGGCCAUGCCGCGGCCGACCCGACAAGUAUGACCGGCCCUGCGCCCUCCGCUCAAGCAUCGCCCGAGUCGCCGCGUUUGCAACCGACCUACCGAUCGAUGCAAUCCGUCCCCGGCUCAGAAGUCAACUCGCCCAGCCGCAUCCGAGUCCAAAGCCUGUCGCACAUCCAGAGCCUGGCCAGUGAAGACUUCCUCGCUCACUCCAGGUCGCAUAUCCCAGGCCAUGGAGCACAUCCGCGCAAAUUCGAGAUCAGCUCGAUGCCCGUCACUGAUAUCAUUGAGAUGGUCGCCGGUCUCCUCACCAAGAUCACCACUACCAAUGACAAACACCACGAGGACAUCCAUCGCCACAUCCCGCCACCCGACGGUACCAGCAAUCUGAGUCCACAAGCUACCAGCGUCCUCGCGUUCCACGGCAAGAAUGUGCCGAGUAUCUCCAUCCUCAGUUACCUGACCCGCAUCCACAAGUACUGCCCGACCACCUACGAGGUGUUUCUGAGCCUGCUGGUCUAUUUCGACCGUAUGACCGAGCUAGUCAACCGCGGCCAGUCACAAAGUCACUGGGAUCCAGCCUCGAUCGAGCCCUCUGAGGCCUCAGCGAGGCAACAUCAGAGCAAGGAAUCAUCUAUCGUAACCCCGCCGUCCUCGACGCGCAUCACCGCGCAGGACCCCAAGAGUCCAAACUCCUCCAUCUCACCGGGCCUCUACCCGCAAGGCGAAGAAGAGGCCCUCUCCCAUUUCUUUGUCGUCGAUAGCUUUAAUAUCCACCGACUGGUCAUCGCGGGCGUGACCUGCGCGAGUAAAUUCUUCUCAGAUGUGUUCUACACCAAUUCCCGAUAUGCAAAGGUCGGCGGCCUCCCACUAGUCGAGCUAAACCACCUCGAACUACAAUUCCUCCUCCUGAACGACUUCCGCCUCGCCGUCCCCGUCGAAGAACUCGAAGCCUACGGCACAAUGCUCGUAGAGUUCUAUGCGCGCGAAAUCGUCGCGCAACAACAGCAAGAACGCGCGAUGGCCGUGCCGAGGUCUGUCCACCCCUCUUCGGCUUCCUCCCAUCCAGAAGGCAUGUACAUGCGCUCUGCACGCGACAAACGGCGAGAAGAUCCGGGUCUCGGUCAAACACCCACUCCGCCAUAG